AUGUUGAAGGCUGAAGAUGAGGAGGCUAGUGAUGGGGAGAUGGUCAAGGCUGAAGAUGAGGACGCUAAGAAGGAGAAGGCUGAAGAUGAGGUGGCUAGUGAUGGGGAGAUGGUGAAGGCUGAAGAUGAGGAGGCUAGUAAUGGGGAGAUGGUCAAGGCUGAAGAUGAGGAGGCUAAGAUGGUGAAGGCUGAAGAUGAGGAGGCUAGUGAUGGGGAGAUGGUCAAGGCUGAAGAUGAAGAGGCUAGUGAUGGGGAGAUGGUCAAGGCUGAAGAUGAGGAGGCUAGUAAAGGGGAGAUGGUCAAGGCUGAAGAUGAGGAGGCUAAUGAGGAGGCUAGUGAUGGGGAGAUUGUCAAGGCUGAAGAUGAGGAGGCUAGCAAUGGAGAGAUGAUGAAGGCUGAAGAUGAGGCUAGUGAUGAAGGCUGA